AUGCAGCUGCAAUCAUGGCAGAAAUACCAGCCACAAUAUCCAGCAAAAGCUGAGCAAAAUCCUGUGGCUAUCUUUGAUGAACAAAAACAGCAGCAGCAGGCAUCACACCAAUUACUAGCUAAUCAUCCCAUGUUGGCAGCACAAUAUUUCGUACUACAUGUGUAUGGCCAAGAACAACAAAAGCAGUAUUAUAUGGCAAUGACACCAGAACAAGUUCAAUCCUUGAAUGAUUGUUAUUACCAGGAAUUCAUGUAUAAACAGCUACUGGAGAAAAAGAAACAAGAAUGGCUGCAAAGUCUACAGAAAAGCAGAAAUAUGGAUGAUGGCCACUUCCUCACAUCUUUCUUAUAUUCUGAAAACUCAUUUCUAACACCAUGGAGUUGGAAUCCUGAUCAAGCUCCUUGUACCGAAGAAAACCGGCGUAUGAUGUUCCAACCUGGUUCAUGCCAUCUGCGAGGAUUAAAGAGGAAGAAUGUUCCAGGCAGGAGGAAGAUUAAUAUUCAAGGCAGUCUCAGAGUUCCAAACAACGCUAGAUUUAAGGUUAAUGGCAUGGCUUAG